AUGCCUAUCUCGCAUACCAAUCUUUAUACUAAUCUUUAUACCAAUCUUGCUGCCAAUCUUGCUGCUAAUCUUGCUGCCAAUAUGCCUCCCUCUCGCACUCGCACCAGUGUCCCUAUCGAUCGCAAGAAGGCCCUCCGCCAAUUCAAGUGUACCAAUCCUACAAUCAGCAAUCUCGCUAUACGCGAAUGGUUCAAAACCACCUACCAGCAAGAUCUUGCGCCCUCUACCGUAUCUGAGAUAUUAUCAAAGCGAUAUGCCUACCUUGACGAUGCCUAUCACCAAUCUCUCGCGAAUCAGCAGCGUAGCCGCUCUGAGCGGUGGCCAGAGCUUGAAUCUGCCCUAUUCCAGUGGAUACAACGCGCUGAAUCGCAGAUUCCUAUUACUGGGGCUGUCCUGCGUGAGAAAGCCGAUUUCUUCUGGCGAUCGCUGCUAGCCUACCAAAGCUAG